AUGACGGCGAAGCCUUUAUUUAGGCCGCGCUAUGGCCCUUUCGCGUUACAUACGGUACGGGACGGGCCUAUGCCAGAGGCGAACGGUCGUGAAGAAAUUAUGGUGACCAACCCCGCCAAUGGCGAGCAUAUAUCCACGAUUGUGUCGGCGUCGCAGGAGGACGUGCAGAGCGCGGUGUUCAGCGCGCACGAGAUAUUCCAGGCGGGCGUGUGGUCGCGCGCGCCGGCAUCAGAGCGCGCGAUGGUGCUGUCCAACCUCGCACGCGACCUGGAAGAGCGCGUUCCGGAACUCGCGAAGGUGGAGACGGCGCAGACUGGGCGGGCGGUGCGCGAGAUGAAGGCUCAGUUGGGGCGGCUGCCGGAAUGGUUAGACUACUAUGCAGCGGUUCUGCGGACGCACAAUGCGUACGUUGCGCCAACACAAGGACAGCUGCUUAACUAUGUGCAGCGCAUACCCCUUGGCGUCGUCGCUCAGAUUACUCCCUUUAACCAUCCACUGCUCAUCGCGGUCAAGAAGAUAGCACCUGCGCUCGCCGCAGGUAACUCCGUCAUCGUUAAGCCAAGCGAGUUGGCACCCAUCAGCGUGCUCGAGUUCGCUGAGAUGGCCAUUGCUGCCGGAGUGCCCGCCGGGGUGUUGCAGGUAUUACCGGGGUAUGGACGUACAGUCGGGAAGUCACUAGUCUCAGACCCUGCGAUUAGGAAGGUCGACAUUACAGCAGGAACGGACACCGGUAGGGCAAUAGGCCAGAUCGUCGGCGGAAACUUAGCGCAUUACACGGCCGAGCUGGGCGGCAAAGCUCCUAUCGUCGUAUUCGGCGACGCGGACGUGGAGUCCGCGGUGAACGGCGCGGCCUUCGCGUGCUUCGUCGCCUCCGGCCAGACGUGCGUCUCGGGCACGCGGCUGCUCGUGCAGGACGACAUAUACGACGAGUUCAUGGACGGCUUCAUGCGCAAGGUCGAGAGCAUCACGCGCAGGAUGGGCGACCCGCUGAACCCGAAGUCGACGAUGGGCACGAUAAUUUCGCUGCGCCAGCUCGAGCGCAUACAGGGUAUGGUGCAGCGCGGGGUCGGCACGGUCCUCGCUGGCGGCCAGCGCAUGACAGGGCCGUCGCCCCUCGACGGAUAUGACCUUUCACAAGGGGCGUUCUUCCCGCCGACGGUCAUCACAGACGUGCCGACCGAAGACGACCUGUGGCGGGAGGAGAUCUUCGGCCCGGUCGUUGUCGUCAAACGCUUCUCCUCUGAGCAGGAGGGCAUCGACCUUGCGAACGGCUGCAAGUACGGUCUUGGCGCGGGGGUGUGGACGCAGGACCUGUCGAGGGCGCACCGUGUGUCUGCGCGCAUCGAGGCUGGGCUAGUCUGGGUCAACGCGCAUCACCGUAACGACCCCAGCUCGCCAUGGGGUGGGAUGAAGGAGAGUGGCAUUGGUCGGGAAAAUGGUCUCGAGGCGUUCGAGGCUUACACGCAGAGCAAGUCGACGAUCGUCAACAUUGCCUCUGCUGAGGACACGCGGAAAGCGCAGGACUGGUUCGCGGACGAGGACGACACUGAGAAGCGCUACGGCUGA